AUGAAUAAUAAACUAAAUGAGAGGAGAAAAAAAAGUAAUCCCUUCCAAGCAGCUUUAAAGGAAGCAUAUAAACUCAAAAUGGAGAAAGAAGAAAGGGAAAAUAAAAUAAGGGAAGUAAAGAGAGAAAAGAAGAGGAAGCUUGAAGAGAGGCACAAAAGAAAGAUAAUAUUGUGUAAGAGAACUAGUAAAGGACAACCUAUUUUGGGGGGAACAAUAAAAUUGAUCCUUAAUCAACUGGAAGCGGAGAAGAAGAAUCGCGAAUAA